GAGACAGGCCUGGAAAAGGUUCGUGUGACGUCCCCUCUCCCGUGCCCGAGUCCGUUCCUCUGAAGCGUCACCAGCGUGUGGAGCCCGCCCCACACACCCAGCCCCUGCCAAACCACGGCCUUUACCUGCGUGUUCCGGUGUUUCCCGUGCGACCCGUCCUGCGGGAGUGCCUCCUGGGCCGCCCCAGAGUUCCCCCAGCGCUCCGUGGCUCCAAUGGUGAAGAUGACGAGGUCCAAGACUUUCCAGGCGUAUCUGCCUUCGUGCCACAGGACCUACAGCUGCAUCCACUGCCGGGCUCAUCUGGCCAACCACGAUGAGCUCAUUUCCAAGUCCUUCCAAGGAAGCCAAGGACGUGCUUAUCUCUUCAAUUCCGUAGUUAACGUGGGCUGUGGCCCUGCAGAGGAGCGGGUCUUAUUAACAGGAUUACACGCGGUGGCAGAUAUUUACUGUGAAAACUGCAAAACCACGCUGGGGUGGAAAUAUGAACACGCUUUUGAAAGCAGCCAGAAGUAUAAAGAAGGCAAAUACAUCAUUGAACUAGCUCACAUGAUCAAGGAUAAUGGCUGGGAUUGAGUGGGAGAGCCCAGCCCUAGCAGCGUGUAAGAGAAUGCCAUCCAACCGAACAUUAUACCCAAGAGUGAGAGAGUGACUGAACGCUUGGUUCCAUGCAUUUAGAGGCUCUGCAACCCGGGAGCAUCUUCACACCCUUCUCCAUCUUUAUUGGUGACUGGCCUCUAAAUUUCUGUCUCUCUGUCUCUUUGCUUUGUAUCUGUUUGUGAGUUGACCCUGGCUGCUUCUCUCUCUGUCCUGGCUCAGAGAACGCCCCGAACGCCGAAGCCAUUCCAUGUGCCCAGUGCUGGAGGCCGCGCUGCCGGUGGCUCGGGGGUGGCAUUUGUACCAGGAGAGCUCUCGGUGCAGGGGGAGGCCCCGAGCUUUGGGCAGGAGGAGGUGAGAGGGGGGU